UUAACAUCGUUUCACGUUAAGGAUCACUGGAUGUAGUUUAAAGUUAGUUCAAACGCUUCACAUCCUUGUGUCUUCUGAAACAAGGGAAUUGAAUGUUUCCUGGAAUCAAAAACCACGGAUAACUCCUCCACCUCUGCCUUGGCUCCUCCCCCUGACAGCUGAGUGCCUGUCAUCAUCGUGCUUCAGCGACACGAUCACCAACAGAUCAGUGUGUUGUUGAACGAGCAAGAAGAUUCACUCGGAUUUGGAUUAUUUCCUCACUUUUUUUUUUUGCUUUGGAGGACACGUUUGUUGUUGCUGUGAGGAAACCAGAUGGAUUUAGUCAAGGUCUCUUGUUCCAUCUGUCUGGAUCUACUGAAGGAUCCGGUGACGAUUCCCUGUGGACACAACUACUGCAUGAACUGUAUUAAAACCCACUGGGAUGAGGAGGAUCACAGAGGAGUCCACAGCUGUCCUCAGUGCAGGAAGACCUUCAGACUGAGACCCAUCCUGGUGAAAAACACCAUGUUAGCAGAGUUAGUGGAGGAUCUGAAGAAGACUGGACUCCAAGCUGCUCCUGCUGAUCUCUGCUAUGCUGGACCUGAAGAUGUGACUUGUGAUGUCUGCACUGGGAGGAAGGUGAAAGCUGUCAAGUCCUGUUUGGUCUGUCUGGCCUCUUAUUGUGAGAAACAUCUCCAACCUCACUAUCAUGCUCCUGCUUUUAAAAAACACCAGCUGGUGGAUCCCUCCAACAAGCUCCAGGAGAACAUCUGCUCCCUCCACGAUGAGGUGAUGAAGAUCUUCUGUCGUACUGAUCAGCAGAGUAUCUGUUAUCUGUGUACGAUGGAUGAACAUAAAGGUCAUGAAACAGUUGCAGCUGCAGCAGAAAGAUGUGAGAAGCAGAAGGAGCUGGAGGAGAGUCGACAACAAAUCCAGCAGAGAAUCCAGGACCGAGAGAAAGACGUGGAGCUGCUUCAGCAGGAGGUGGAGAUCAUCAAUGUCUUUGCUGAUAAAGCAGUGGAGGACAGUGAGAAGAGCUUCAACGAGGUGAUCCGUCUCCUCCAGAAAAGCAGCUCUGAUGUGAAGCAGCAGGUCAGAUCCCAGCAGGAACAUGAAGUGAGUCGAGUCAAAGAUCUUCAGGAGAAACUGCAGCAGGAGAUCACUGACCUGAAGAGGAGAGACGCUGAGCUGGAGCAGCUCUCAGACACAGAGGACCACAACCAGUUCCUCCACAACUACCCCUCACCGUCACCCCUCAGUGAGUCCACACACUCAUCCAGCAUCCAGAUUCGUCCUCUCAGGUACUUUGAGGACGUGACAGCAGCUGUGUCAGAGACCAGAGAGAAACUACAGGACCUUCUGAGAGAGACGUGGACAAACAUCUCACUGUCUGUUGCUGAAGUGGAUGUUUUACUGUCCGAACCAGAACCAAAAACCAGAGCUGGACUCUUGAAAUAUUCACGAGACAUCACUCUGGAUCCAAACACAGCUCACAAACAUCUGUUACUGUCUGAUGGGAACAGAAAAGUUACUUUAAUGAAAGAAAUACAGCCUUAUUACAGUCGUCCAGAUAGAUUCACAACUUGGUUUCAAGUCUUGAGUAGAGAGAGUCUGAUUGGACGUUGUUACUGGGAGGUGGAGUGGAGAGGAAGAGGAGUUGAGUUUGCAGUCGCGUACAAGAACAUCAGCAGAGCGGGAAGUUCAGAUGACUGCGUGUUUGGAGGGAAUAACAAAUCUUGGGCUUUAUAUUAUGGCAUACCAGGUUACAUAUUCUGGUACAACAACAUCCAAACUCGUGUCUCCGGUCCUCCUUCCUCCAGAGUUGGAGUUUACCUGGACCACAGAGCUGGUCUUCUGUCCUUCUACAGCGUCUCUGAGACCAUGACCCUCCUCCACAGAGUCCAGACCUCCUUCACUGAGCCGCUCUAUGCUGGACUUUGGCUCUCAGGUUCCAACGGAACAACCGCUGAGUUUAUGAAGUGAGAUAAAAUAAUGACGGCGACAGAGGCAGCAUCUUGAUUUAAUUUGCAGGUUUACGUUGAUGUUAAAGGUGAAGGAAACAUUAUGGUGUUCAUAGUUCUACUUUGAUUUACAGGAUAGUUCAGAUGUGGUGUUUUUUUUUUCUGAUGUCGGAACAAAUAUUUUUCCCUUUAAAUGUGGGCGGAACCAAAUCAACUUGAACACUUCAACGUUGUGUGCUGAAAAAUAUUCUGUCAUUAAUGGGACUUGAUCCAGAAGAGGUCAAAUAAAAUCAGAUAAAUGUGCUACAGAGGAGGUGCUAGUUCAGUUAUCAAAGAGUUAUUAAUGAUUGUCGAAGGACAAUCCUUAAUAAUUAAUAAGGUAGAUUAUUUAUCAAAUUGAAUGAUCAAAAUGACUUAAUCAAAAUGGGGCACCACCUGAUGAAAUCAGGAAAAUGAUAACUACAACAGCAAAAAAUCAGUCUCAAGGUAAAUUAUUCUUCAGAAUAAUAGUGAAGGGAGGAGUUCGAACACAGGCCUUUGCAACCAGCAGUUGUGACAAAUAUGUGUAAAAUAAGCACAGACAACUUCUCUCAUUCAAAUUAAUCAGAAUUUAUUUACACGUGUUAAGAAGUGUUACGAAGAUGGUAAGACAACACUUUGGAUAAAUUCUGAUGGCCAAACUGCCCAAAAACAAAAACUAACUAAACAUGAACACAAAACUUCAGAUUACAUGUGUGUGUGUGUGUGUGUGUGUGUGUGUGUGUGUGUGUGUGUGUGUGUGUGUGUGUGUGUGUGUGUGUGUCACGAUGGUUGUUCAUACACAUGAAAAGAAAGAAAGUUGGCUGCCAAAGUCACACGUGGAGUCGUGUCCGAGUCUCAGACGGCUCCGUGUCAUCACACUCUACAGACCCCCAUGCACAAUCCACCAUGCAGUCAACGUUAACAAAUCAAG